AUGUCAUCUACAGCACCAUCAACCACUGUCGCCAUCGGCAUUGACCUGGGCACCACCAACUCCUGCUUGGGCGCCUUCCAGAACGGCAAAGUGGAGAUCAUUGCCAACAAUCACAACUACCGAGUGACACCCUCAAUGGUUGCUUUUACCGACACUAAAGUGCUUGUUGGCGACGUCGCUAAGAGCCAGGCUGUAAUGAACCUUCCCAACACCAUUUUUGACAUCAAACGCCUCAUCGGUCGCCGUUUCGAUGACCCACUGGUGCAGGCUCGUUUGAAAGACUGGCCAUUUGAGGUGAAAAAAAGUGACAAUGAAAAGCUGAUGAUCCAAGUGCAAUUCAAAGAGGAGACAGAAUGCUUCGCCCCAGAAGUUAUCACUGCAACGUUGCUGGGCAAAAUGAAAAAGGCCGCUGUAGUUUAUUUCAGAACUCCUGUCAACAACGCUGUCCUCACCGUUCCCGGUAGCUUCAACGACGCCCAACGAGAGGCAAUCAAAACGGCGGCGUCCCUUGCAGGUCUCAAUGUGCUGCGCAUCAUCAGCGAACCAGUGGCGGCCGCCAUUGCCUAUGGUCUCGACAAGAAGAAGAGUGGCAUCCCCACUGAACAGCAUGUGCUCGUCUUUCACCUGGGCGGCCGAACUCAGACCGUCUCUGUGCUCAAGCUCGAGGAUGGCGUUUUUGAGGUGAAAUCUUCCGUUGAAGGCUAUCAAGCUGGAGAUGACUUUGACAAUCGCCUGGGGGAGCACUUUGUAAAGGAGUUUAAGCGCCACCACCAGAAAGACAUCUCUACUGACAAACGAGCUCUUCUCCGACUGCGAGCUGCCUGCGAGUGCGCCAAAAAAGUGCUUUCUUUCACCACACAAACGUCUUUUGAAAUGGAACACAAACUCAAAAACAAAUGGAUUCCGCUCUUGUCGAAAAAGGCAGUUUACUUUAACUGCUCUCUCACUCAGACCCAACUGGAAGAUCUAUGUUUCGAGCUGUUCCUCUCCACACUUGAGCCGGUGAAACAAGCUUUAAGCAAUGCAAAACUUGACAAAAAUCAAAUUGAUGAUGUCGUUUUUGUCGGCGGUUCGACGCGCAUUCCCAAAGUGCAGGCACUGCUGCAGGAGUUUUUCGGUGAUGGAACGAAGCUGCACAAAACAAUCAGCCCCGAGGAAGUGGUAGCCUACGGCGCCGCUCAGCUCAGUGGCCACAUUACCGGUUCGCACUGCCUGAUGAAGACAGGCGUUGGCCCUUUGAACACCGGCUGCGUCACUUCUCUUUCGCUUGGAAUUG